AUGCGUGUACCGGCGAGGGUGGCGUUUGUGCAGUGUCUGGUGGUUCUGCUGGUGGUGACCGAUCGAACCGUUGCUAUCAGCUAUCGUACGGACACCGGCUUUGCCACGAACAGCGGCAUGGAUCAGUUUGUGUUCCGGGAGCCGAUCGUGAGUGUACCGGCACCUGCUCGCGGAUCAUUCACCGAUGUGCCAGUGAAGCGCACCGGAAGAGUCCGGUUUUCGGAUGCGCCAGAUACGUCCACAUUUAGCGGUGUUGCAAACGGCGGCGGGUUCUUUGGAACAGGCACGGUAGCUGACAGUUCUCCAGCCAGUGGAUCACCUUUCGUUGAUCGGGAUCGUGAGGGUGAUCAGUUUUAUACCGUGGGUGCUUCGAUCAAGUUUGCGGGUGCUCCGGGAGACGCCAUAACGCCACCACCACCGCUACCGAUAGAAAAUCCGCAGCCCCAAAAACCAAAGCGCAGGAAAAACCCGUACAAGUUUGCGGCCAACGAGAAGGUGUACCACGCGGAUGAUCCUGUCCAGGGGCAGUAUCCGGCGUACGCGAGCUUUGGUGAGCCGCAACGGUUCUCAACACCCCUGCAGGGCAACUAUCUAACGCCAAAUGGGGCGAAUCCUGCCCCGGGACAGUACGACAAUUCGAUCCACAACUACCCCGAGCUGCAGAGGCCACAGUAUCCGUUUAACGUGAAAGCUCCUUACUCAGGUGCAAACUAUUAUAGCAACCCGCAAACGCCUGGUCCGUCGGGAACGGGUGGUCUUUAUAGUCCGUAUCAGUACCAAUAUCCUUCACCGUACGCUUCGGAAUCGCCUUAUCCUACCGGACCCUAUCAGCAAGGACCUCCGCAAUCGUACUACACGCCGCAACCACAACAGACUUCCGGUUUUGGUCAACCACCGAACGCUCAGAGUAUCCUUGGGGUGUUACAGAGCAUCUUUAACUUUGCACCGGGCACGUUUGGGACGACUAAUGCCGCACCGACGCGUCCUGGGGGAGUUUACUCGAGUCCUGGCGCUCCCACCCCGUUCGGGGGUGUCGGUGGCCAGCUUCGGCAGGCGCUGGAUAACAUCUCCGACAACGACGAGCUGCAGUGUGUUCCGAAGCUGAUAUGCAUGAUGUCCCGCAGCUCUAGCGGGCAGGGUUUCAGUAGUUACGUUAACCGGGGUCUACUAUCGACAGUUCUCACUGCCGUUCCGGACAGCUCACCGUGGUUGAAGUUUUCCCGGGCGGCUCUCCUGGGCUACGGCAUCGGGGCGAACAGCUGCGACGCGUACUACCCCAAAUGCCCGAAGGACGAGAUGCAGAUCCUGUACUACCUCAACAACCACCGGGGUGGCUUUUUCCGGUUCUUCAGCAACGGCGACCAGCAGGGUUUGCCACACCAACAGCAACAGCAGCAGUACGGCUAAGAGUAGGGGGGUGAGUUGAUCAAACGAUGAAAAACCCACCACCCCCAAACCACGUGGGAGCUCCCGGCUAAUGGAAAGCAGGAAGCUGAGCGACGACGCUGACGACGACGACGACGACGACCACGAUGUGCCAAUCGGAAGGGGUGGAUAAGAAAUAGUAGCUUUUUGUCUUCCAAACGCGGUGUUAUUUAUUGUACGACAAUUGCCCAAUAGUAGCGUGGGUAUGUGUGUCGAAUCAACGGAAAAAAAAAUGGUGCUUCAAACGUGGUGAGUGUGUUGCAAGCAAUCUAGUGUACCUAAUGGCAACCCGCAACCCGGCCUACUGUGGGAAAGGCGCGCAAUUGGAAUAGCGAGAGGUGGGAAAGCUCAUUUCUUGGUUAUCGCACGCUACUGAGAUAUAGUAAAAAAAAAGCAGAAGAAGAAGAAGAAGCAGAAGAAAAGCGAUAUUAUAUCGUUGUGAGUUGCGGGGGAAAACCGGCAUUCUGCCCGUGGCGCUUGGCGUUCACGUUCACGCAUGAUUACGCAAUGAGCUAGCGGCGUGAUUUUUAAAAAACUAUUUAACACAUCAUUUUGAGUCGUUUAGCCACUGCACGUGCAGUGACGAUUAACAAGACGGAGGUGGUGCAUUAGCGUAAG